AUGAAUACGGUCAUGUGCUUAAAACUGAUAUGGCAAAUUCAAUCCUCAAAGGAGUCCUUGUGGGUUAAAUGGCUACAUUGUUAUCUGAUAAGGAAAGGAUCAUUCUGGUCAGUAAAUGGUAACACAAGUAUUGGGUCCUGGAUUUGGAGGAAACUACUGAAGAUGAGAGAUCUGGCUCAGGAGUUUUUCAAAAUGGAGGUUCGAAAUGGAAAAGACACUUGUUUCUGGUAUGAUAACUGGUCGAAGUAUGGCUGUCUCAAGGAUGUGCUAGGGGAUAAUCGCUUUGAUUUGGGUAUCUCUCACAAGGAAUCAGUAGCAGAGGUUUUCGCAAAGCACCGUCGAAGAAGGCAUAGAGUUCCCAUUCUAAAUGAAGUUGAAAACGAGAUUGAAGAUCUUCAACAAAGAAACUGUUCUGAAGAUGACAUCUCACUUUGGAACAGAGAGAUGAUAAGUUUGGCAGUAGCUUCUCAGCAAAGAAAACGUGGUCACAGCUGA